GUUGUUGUUCGGUGAGAGAGAAGGAUACGUCUGUUGCAUGUUUAUUCGCCGCUAGAACGUUACGAACGUUCCGAUUAUUUUUCGAAUGCAGUGAUCAAUCGUUCAGUCUAACUUUUCUUUAACCUUGUGAGGUAUUGUUAGAACGAUGAACGGCAAGUCCUCGAAUGGCCCAGCGGGCGGACCGCUGGCCUGUAUAGAGGGGCUACCUCCGUUGCCCAAGAGUUUAAGCGGCUUGCUGAAUUCAAGCGGAGGCUCCUGGAGAGAGAUGGAGAGGAUGUACGCUAAGAAGACCAUGAUUCAAGACGACCUGAGCCGUGGUCGUAGCAACGCAGACAAUUUUAUGGCAAAUAAACCAGCAAAUCUUGAUGCAGCCUUGGCACUUCUGAGAAAAGAGAUGGUGGGGUUACGGCAACAGGAUAUGUCGUUGCUGUGUCAGCUUUGGUCCCUGCACGAGUCGAUUCAGGAGUAUAAGGGCAGUUGUCAAGACCUCUCCGCUGGCUCGAGCGCCGACGGACCCUAUGGGAUGGAGAACGGAUACUUUGACGAAGAUGACGAAUAUUACCAGGACUCCGGCAUUACACCAACGGAAACUCCGGACGGAAACGAGACGACGUCUCCCAAAAAUGGCACAGACAAGGAUAAGUGGCUUGAGGACUCUUUUCGUAUCACCAUCUAAAGAAAAGCCCAUGAUACAGAAUUGUGCUGUUUUGCUGCAAACCCCUACCUACCUGGCCUGCUUACCCUUGAGGUAGUACGCAGUUUUUUUUUUAAUUUUGUUUUUUUUGUUUGUUUUUUUUAAGCGGCGCACAUCUUUUGCUGGCUUUUUGUCGAUGUCGU